GGAGGGACCAGCGCCAUUCUUCUGCUCCCACUUCUGCUAAGGAAGGUCCUGGAGCACAGGCAGUCAUGCCUGCUGCCAGCUUGGUACGGAAUGAGGAACCAUGGCCCGGGCUGCAGUCUCCAAGCGCAAUCGAACUUUGACACUUUUUUUUUGGUCCUGCUGUGCUGUCUGUGCGCAUCUCUCACCGUAGAUGGUGCUUCUCUUUGCUACAGCUUCACUGUUGGCAGGUCAGAGUCUGGACAAUGGAGUUCCGAAGUCAUAGGCCAACUGAACAGAAAGACUAUUCUUCUCUAUACCAAUAACAAGUGUCAUGUCUUUGGUGUUUGGAGGAACAGACCGAAUCUCAGAAAUAUCUGUGAAACACAGGUUGAGCCUCUGAGAGAUGCAAUUAACUUGAUCAGAGAGCUCCUUUACAUUGGGCAGGAAACUAAUACAAUCAGAAAGCCCCUCAUUCUGCAGGCCAACAUAUGCUGCCAGCGUAGAAAAGAUGGAUAUUUCCAUGAAUCCUGGGACAUUGGAAUCAAUAAAAGCAAUAUGUUGCAUGGUGUCUCUAGUAAGGGGACUGAAGUCAAUUCUGGAGCCAGCUGGAUAAAAAGGCUAUUGGAGAAAAAUAGGCAUGUAAUUCACUUAUUUAACAAGAUGUCACGAGGGGACUGCAGGACCUGGCUGGAUGAGAUCAAGGUGCACGGGGAAGAAAAUCUGGAGCACACAGCCUUGCCACCCACGACUGCAGAUGUGGACCAGCCUUUGUCCAUGGCAUUCAUGACCAACCCUUCUGUCCUGUUGAUAAUCCUCACCUGCUUCCUCCUGCAUGUUUUCUGAGGAGAAUCCUCUACAAUGACAGGUUGAAGAUGCUCACGGGAAAGCCAUGAAAGUUCAACUGCUGCAGCCUCUCUCCCUAUUCGUCAACCUCAACCAGACAAAUCGUCAUGCUGCUGAUCUAGCAUUUCAUGUUCUUUCCACUCUGUGCUAGUCACUUUGGGUCCUUUCUUAUCACCUGGUAUUUUUUAUCUUAUUGCUUCCUGGUGGGAGUUUUCUCUUAACAUGGAACUAUAUGAACUGGAGAUCUGAAAAAACAAAACAAAACAAAACAAAAAAACCACCAACAGGUACCCAAGCACAGGAAACAGGAUAUCCAGAUCUUGUAGGCAUAACUUUAUUGUGUGUUUCAAAUGCUGAUUUCUGUACACCCUCUCCUCCAUGUCUGCUUGUAAUUCUUGUUCUGAGAAUCUCCUGUCUGAAUGCAAUAUAAAGACUGCUCCCAAUUGUAUCCUAAUAUGUCAAUAAAGCAGCUUACAGCCAAUAGCUGAGCAGUGGGGAGAAUAGGGCUGAAGUUUCUGUCAGCCAGGGGAGGAGGAUUCAGAGGAAGUAGGGGACUGAACAGUGGAAGAAGCCCAGGAGACAUCAAGAUAGAGAACUGGCAUAUAAAAAGCUACAAAGUAC